CGCACUUGUUACACGGUGGUAUGCCAGCUGGUGCGACAACUAGGCUGUGAGGGCGACCAAAAGUACGUGGAGGCGAUUAGCGAACAGCUGAAGGUCCGAUUCGCAUAUGCCUCCACGUGGUCGCAGCGGCAGUCAUAUGCCUUCCUGUGUGGGAGACUCGUGGCUGAACAAGCGCUGCCACUGCCCGACUGGUGCCGACUCUUCCUCCCGAACCUGAUCCUCCUGGCGAGCGACAGGGGCCCUACCGGUCCGCAUCCAAAAAAGAAAAGAGGACGUGCCAAAGUACUGCCAGAACCCAGAGAACGAGGCGACACACAAGUACAAGACACUCGAGCAGCUACGCAAUGA